AUGACCAGGGCUGGGGUUCCUCUGCUCCUCGUCGCCAUCCACCUCUCCCUGGGGCGGUCUGAUUAUGCUCCAUAUUUUUAUGACAAUGGGCCAAGCAGCCUCGAUGGAAACAUGGCUUUGUUCAGCUUAUCAGAGGACACACCUGUGGGCACACAGGUAUUCGUGCUCAAUGGCACUGACCCCGAGGGAGACCCUGUGCGCUACGGCCUGGCCUUUGAGAAGGGCUCUAAGGAAUACUUCAAAGUUGACCCCAAGUCGGGCAACGUGACUCUCGUCGCCGAGUUAGACAGAGAGCAACAAGACGAGAUUGCAGUUCUUGUCAGUAUUACAGACGGAAGGAAUAAGGUGGUGGAGAAAGUAAGAGUGUUCAUCACAGACGCCAACGAUGAGCCUCCUGAAUUUAUCAAUUUGCCAUUCAUAGUGGACGUUCCCGAGAACACAGCAGAAGGCACCAGCCUCUAUAAGGUCCAGGCAGUGGACCGAGAUUUGGGAUCUGGAGGCAGCGUCAGUUACUAUCUACAGAGUUCUCCCAACACUAAGUUCACCAUAGACAGCCACAGUGGGGUCUUGCGCAUAAAACCUGGUGAGAAACUGGACUAUGAGACAACCAGGACCCACUUCCUGACUGUGGUGGCCAAGGAUGGGGGAGGCAAGUAUAAUGAGAAGUACCAGGUGAUGACCUCGACCGCCACUGUCACCAUCAACGUCCUGGACUCCCAGGACACUCCUCCUGCAUUUGUGGGAACACCCUACUUUGGCUAUGUGUACGAGGUGUCUGUGCCUGGCUCAGAGAUCUUCACAGUCUCAGCCAAAGACGGCGAUGAAGGCAACCCCAAUCCUAUCCACUACUCCUUUGUGAAUGGAAGUGAAGGAUACUUCAGCAUUAACAGCACCAGCGGAUGCAUUAGUCUACUGACCUACCCAGUCCAGCUGAGGAAUGAGCUCUUUGAACUCAAAGUCAAGGCCUUUGAGCUGGGACCAGAGAAUGAAGAACUGAGCUAUGCGAUCACCAUGGUUACUAUCCGAGUGGUUGACCUAAAUAAUCACCCCCCGACAUUCUAUGGGGAGAACGGUCCUCAAAGUCGAUUUGAGCUGACCAUGUACGAACACCCACCGGAAGGGGAGAUUCUACGAGGUCUGAAAAUCACUGUCAACGAUUCAGACCAGGGAGCCAAUGCCAAGUUUAAGCUGAGGCUUGUCGGACCGGGCCGAGUGCUCAGAGUCGUCCCACAGACCGUCCUCAACGAGGCCCAGGUCACCAUCAUUGUGGAGAACUCCACUGCCAUCGACUAUGAGAAAUACCAGUUCAUAGCAUUUAAGCUCUUGGCAGUUGAGAUUGACACUCCAGAGAGGUUCAGCGCCACAGCCGACAUCAUCAUCAACCUGAUUGACACCAACGACAACACGCCCAAGUUCUCCUCCGAGUACUACAUCGCCAGGAUUCCUGAGAACUCCCCUGGAGGAUCCAAUGUCGUGGCUGUGACAGCGUCCGAUCCCGACUCUGGGCUGUGGGGUGAAGUGAAGUACUCCAUUUAUGGAUCAGGAGCUGAUCUCUUCCUCAUCCACUCCACGUCCGGCAUCAUCUACACCCAGGCCUGGGCCAAUCUGGACGCCGAGGUGAAGUCCAAGUAUAACUUCUAUGUGAAGGCCGAGGACACGGAGGGCAAGUACAGUCUGGCCGAGGUCUUUGUCACGGUGUUGGAUCUCAACGAUCACCCUCCUGAGUUCAACGACAACUUCCUGGAGAAGACCAUGAUCAUUGGUGCCCCAGUGAAAAUACAGGCUGUGGACGAGGAUGCCGAGGAGCCCAAUAACGUCAUUGAGUACUCCAUCAUGAGAGCUGACCCCGACAACAUAUUUGAGAUCAAUGGGGCCACGGGCGAGAUCAAGCUCAAGCCCUACAUCAAAUCGCUGGAGAUUGUGCACAACAUCACCAAGCAGAAGGACUGCAAGUGGUCCCUGGUGGUCCAAGCCCGUGACCGAGGAAAGCCAUCGUUUAGCACCACGGCCGUUUUGAAGAUUGACAUAACUGAGGCGACCCCCCUCAAGGGGCCCAUGGCGGCCUUUUUAAUGCAGAGUAGAGAGAAUCCGUUGAAAGCCCUAGGCAUGAUGGCUGGGUUCAUUAGUCUUAUGGUGCUAGUGACUAUCUUGAUCUCCACGGCUAUGUUUUUGCGCAACACAAAGACCAACAGGAUCAUGCCGGCGCGGCGCAUCAUCCGCCGGAGGCAGCGGGAGCCCGCGCGGAGCUUCAACUUCUUCAAGUCGCCUUUCAGCCGGCCGGACAGCGCGGGCGACGACCUCGACCUCGAGGACCCCGAGGGCGACGACGGCAGCGGCGGCAGCAGCGAGAACGUCGCCAGUAGCCAGAACUCCGGCAGCCAGAACCUCAACCUGAACAACAACAGCGCACGCGGACCCAAACCCCCGCCGCCCAGUGCCCCGAGACUGCCCCCUCCUCCGACCGUCAACUACAAACCGUACGAGCGGCAGCGGGCGGUGCCCACCAUAUCGGGCACGUUGGCGUACAAAGGCUCCAAGAAGAAGAGACCUGACUCUGACAGCGUCAACAACGCGCUGGUCUCUGAGCUGAAGAUGAAACUAGAGCAGAAGAUAAAGGAGGCAAACAAAGGCUACUACUACUGACCCCUGCCCCCCCCCGUACAUGCGGUCAUUAUAUACCAAGCGUUUGCAAGAGAGUGCUGUGCUUUUUUGAAGGCCUCUUCAGGGCAUUCACCUUUCCACUGGCCUGUCAAGGACGAACUGUCCCUUGGUGACUUGCUCGUGAAUGUUUGACUAAUUUGGUCAAAUUGUCAAAUCUUCUUUUUUUGCCGUCUUUUGACAGAAUAUCCCUCCAUCCUUUCAGAUAACACCCUACCUCCCUUCCACCUCGCUAAAUUCUCACAUAUGCCCGGAAGAGCCGGCCACUCUAGUCAAUCUACUGUAAUCUGACAUCGUUCGUUAUUCAUACCAAACAAGCCAACCUGUAGGUUUUGGGAGGAGAUCUUAA